AUGGUGUUCUAUUCAUUUAUUCUACGCAAGAUUUCCAACAAGAUAUUUGGCGACAUUAAGAUUGGUGAGGGUGAGGAUCCGUACUAUGAGGAAGUUACUUUUGUGAAGAAGUCGUUUUGGACUGGAAAUAGCCAAGUUGUGCAUAAGAAGCUAAAGAAAGCAAUUCCAGAUUAUGUCCCAUUAAAUGACAGAACAGUGUUGCAACGGGUUAGGAAAAGAGCUUACAGGCUUGAUAUGAUGUUUAAGAUAUUUGGGAUGAGAGUUGGAUGGCUCGGUAUCAUUGGACUUUUGCCAGUGGUCGGUGACCUAAUAUGUUUGUACUUGUCAUGGACAGUGUUCCAUGAAGCACAGAAGAUUCAAGGUGGUUUGCCUGUGCCCUUGCAGGCAGAGCUCUUGGGGAACAUCUGUAUCGAUUUCCUAUUAGGGUUGAUUCCCAUUGUUGGUGAUAUCGUUGGGAUUGCUUAUAAGGCAAAUUCCAGGAACACACUUGCAUUGGAACAAUACUUGAGAAAGAAAUACGGUGGUGAAACCAUUGCCGCAUCUCCUGUAGAAUUAGGUUCUGUCUCCCCAGGAAGGGACCCAGACUUGGUAAAAGGCUUGAAACAGACAUAA